GUCGCGCAUGGGAGCGAGGUGUAGACAGCACUGACAACAUCGUUCAUUGAUGGAUCCCUUGCAAGCACUCCAGGCAGCGUACUCGGUGCAGCCUGACUCCAGCGAGCAGGCUGACCUGUUGGCCAAACUCCGUGAAAACCUCGAAGCAAAUCCCACCUAUAUACCAGUACUCGUAUCCAACCUCAUUAGAGGCGUGUUGGGAGCGAAAGACUCGCUAUUAAGACGUUGGACACUCGAACUUUUGCAUUAUGGGUUAGGGAGGGCGAAUUUGCCUGUUGAGAAACGUACAGAGAUCGCCAGUCAGUCAUUAGACGUCCUUGCCGGUCUCCUUCGAGACACAAAUCCAGCAACGGUUAAAGUGGCAAUACAAUGCUUUGGUUCGGUGUAUCCGCUGUUAUUCCGUCACCUAUGCACAAAUCGAACGCUAAGACCAAUGUGGGAGACGUUGGCGGGUUGCAAGUCGAAGAUACUUGAGAUGGUCUGGUCGCCGACAACAACAUCUGGGAUAAAGCUUGUUGCGUUGAAAUUCAUGCAACGAGUAAUUCUCGUCCAGACGAGGGGAGUGUCAGAUCCACGGCUUCAGAAACCGAGCGACCCCAAUCUUUCGUUUUGUCCAGCCGAUCAUCCUCUCAUUAAUGUUGCGCAACUUGAAGCAGAGGGGCAGAAGCUUAUGGGCGAUGUUGUCACUAUCUUUUAUACAAUGCCAAAUCCGGACAUGAUGGCAGCUGUGGUGAAUACUUGGAGCUCCAUUGCCAAGCAGAGGCCAGCUCUAGCUCAUGUUAUCGUCUCUGCGCUUACUAGCUGGAACCCGGGAGCCAUUUAUCAUUUUCCUGCCACGGCUGUACGAAGUGUUGAAAAGGCUGUGCGGAUUCUCUUAUUGCAUUUUCAACGUACACCUCAGAUUCAAACGAUCUAUGGUCACCAAAUCAACGAUGCCCUCACCAAGCAGGCGGUCCGCAUGGAGCAAGCCGUUGUUAACGAGAGAAACAGGAAGGCUGCAGCUGCUGCAGAAGCAAGCCGUAAACGGACGAUUAAUAACCUCAGCGAUGAGGCAAGCGAAGCGAAGCGGUUAAAGACGGAGCAUGACACUUCAGCGAAUGUUUCUAACGUCCUUGCAAAUUUUGAUUUCUCUGCCCUUCCGCAUACCCUUGUUACCGACCUCAUAGUUGCAAAUCUACAGAUUUUGACCGAACAGACUCUGUCCGCUGCCGUGCAGAGGUACAAGCAAGCAAAUGGACUGUUACCUUCUGCAUCAGUUGCACAUGAAACCCCGCCGCCUCCAGAAGCUGCUCAACCUUCGGCUGAUGCAUCCGCUGUGAAAUCCGAACCUGUCGAUCCCUUAGCAAUGGACGUGGGAGACGAAGAAGUAGAAUACGAGCCUGAUAGAGUAAAUGACGAGAUAUCACAGAAAGAGGAUUUGCCUCCUGGGUUACCAGAGGGCAUGGACGAAAUAGACAUUGACGAAGCGCUGAGGUUCGCUGAUUUCAAGCUGCCAUCACCUCGGGAAUUUUCGGAGCCAGAGAGACAGGACUUACUUCAGCAAUCUAUGUCGCGAAUAUGGGAUACGAGUAGGGAACUCGUUCCUGCAAGUGACGUUGCUUCACGCACGCACCAGCCUUCCCAAGGUGCUUCCUCGCGAGACCUUUGGAUGUUACUACUCGUGCGGAUGAUUACGCGUGCGGACCCAGAGGAAGAGCGUGCUGAGAAAGAUGGAGAUGGUGAAACUGAGGAUGAGAGGCCUGAGUCUAUGGAAGUCGAUACCAUCUCGAGAAGAGAGCGAAUAAGACAGACCCUGUUCGAAUACAUUGUAUCUAAUUUCCCGGCAAGGGAAAGACUUGCUGUGACCUGGAUGAAUGAAGAAUGGUACAACGACAAGAUCAAAGGCGCAAAGUAUCCUGAUUGGUACCCAGCCUAUCCGCUAUGGGUCCAGAAACUUGUGACAGCAUACGAGCCCAUGAUAGAUACGAAAGACCGAACUUUUUCACGUUUCCUACUUGAUAUCCCACUUGUCCCUCCGGAAACCUUGAAAUUGCUUAGAGAUCUCUGUGUCGAACCGGAUCGCAUGCAAGUCGGAUUUACGACUCUGCGAGAAUUCGUAAUUCAGCGCGUUCCCUUGCGACAACAAGCGAUGAAGAUCCUACUGGAUUUGACUACACACCAAGACAAAGUCACACGUGGAGCGGCGAUAAUAACCGUUAAACGAUGGGUACCAGACAUCCAGCCUAUGGGCGAAAUGAUUCGGACAUUUGCUUUGCGGCUUCUUCGCCGUCUUCAAAAACGGCCUGCAAGUGACAAUCAAGCAAACGGGCGAGCGGACCAUGUAGAUGGCAAUGCCGAUGCUAUGGAGGACGGAGAAAUGCCGCAGGAAGAAGUAGUACAGACGGAGUACCUUCCGGAGCAGCUCGAAUUACCAGCGGAGAAACCCCAGGUCCUUCAACAUAUGGAACUCAUUUUUGCUCUGUGUGUCAAAUGUCCUGAAUUUUUGGAUGAAAUCUUUGAUGCGUAUGGUCAAAUGGACGCUUCUGUUCAGUCGGCCAUACAAGGUCUCAUCACCGCGCUCAUAAGAUCCCUCGGGCCCAACCAUGCCAAACUACUGGCGCUCAUGCAUUCUUUCCCUCCUGGCGCUGAAUCACUUGCCUUACGUAUCCUCACAAUUUUCACUGAGAACAGCCGACCAAGCCCAUCACUCGUUUCACUUGUCAAAUCACUGGCUACUGAACGAGAACUCGACCCUCGAUUCCUCAUUCCCAUUAUUGCCGAAAUGGACAAGGUUGACAUUGUCAAGCACCUCCCGCGCGUUGUUUCCAUGCUGAAUGGCACCGCAGAAGCUAAACAGCUUGUGAAGAGCGUCUUUGAAUCGGUUGUCACGACACCCCCGCAAACCUUCGGCAGCGUCACCUCCAAUCUUCCUCGUGUUCGGCAAAGCGAGCUACUUACCCCUGCCGAGCUGAUGGUACUUUUACAUGAAUCCGAAAAGGAGAUUGGUCUGAAGAGCACAAUUGAAGCGAUUGGCAUAUGCUUCUCAAUGACGGAUGUUUUCCGAUCUGAAAUUCUUGCGGUCGUGAUGCAGCAAAUUGUCGAUGAGCCGGUAUUACCUGUGCUGUUCUUACGAACUGUUAUUCAGGCUGUUACCACGUACAAAUCGUUAGUCGGCUUUGUGUCUACCACGCUCCUUUCUCGUCUUAUCACGAAGAAGAUCUGGACGAAUCCACCAUUAUGGGAAGGAUUCAUUCGGUGUGCGAAGACAAUUGCUCCAGCUAGUUUCGGCGCAUUACUCCAACUUCCGAAGGACCAGCUACGUGAACUUAUCGACAAACAACCAGGGCUCAAAUCGGGCCUUCGGGAGUUUGUUCUGAAGAAGGCUGGGAACAAGGCGCGGCAGGCAGGCUUCCUUGAUCUUUUUGGUGAUGAUCGAAGCCAGAGUCCGGCGCCGCAAAGUGAACCCCUUCCAGCUACCCCAAGCGCUUAGGCAACGUGUACUCGGCAUGCCGUUUAUUCACGUUUUUACCGGCUGUAUAUAAUCUGCGCCAUCAUCUACUUGCAAAUUCGUCGUUCUUGCUAUGUUCCUUGGGCAGAUUCAGUGCUUUAUGGGAGUUAGUAGUUACUCUAUAGUGUACACUAAAAUACAUUAGAAUGCAACUUCGCGGAC